UGUAGAUCAGUCACCAUUUAAAACGUCAUUUCAUAAGGAAAUGGAUCCAUCUUUCAGAGCUCAUCCACACUUCAAGACCUGAAUUACUGCAGAGAGUACAAUGGAAAUGAUUCCAGUUAUAUAUGAGAAUUCACUAACUUCUGCAGAUUCCUCUGAGGACUCAGACGACAGUCAGGCUGUAUAUGAAGACGUCAGAGUCGAGCAUAUGGGGUCUCAAAUAACAAGAAAGAAUCAGGAACAGAAGAGCUCAGAAUCUGAAAAAACAAAGAACAGAUACUACAGACUGGCUGCAGUGUGUUUGGGGCUGCUAUGUGUCCUCCUGCUGAUUACCAUCACAGUGAUGUCGCUCAACUUCACUGCAGAGAGAGACCAGUUACUGACCAGCUAUACCAACCUGACCAUAGAGAGAGACCACUUACAGACCAGUUACAACUACUUGCUGACCAGCUACAAGAACCUGACUGCAGUGAGAGACCACUUAGAAACAAGCUACAUCAGUGUGAUUACAGAGAGGGACGACCUUCAGAAGAAACUUUCGGAUUUGGAAAACGCCACCCAGGAGGGAUGGAGGUACUUCAGUUCCAGUCUUUACUACAUCUCUACUGAGCAGAAGACCUGGGGCAGCAGCAGACAGGCCUGCAGAGAAAGAGGAGCAGACCUGGUGAUCAUAAACAGCAGAGAAGAACAGGAAUUUGUGGACUCGUUGAGUAGCUGCAAGGACGCUGCAGUUUUUAUUGGACUGAGUGACAGAGAAACAGAGGGGGUCUGGAAAUGGGUGGACGGCUCAGUACUGACCACUGGGUACUGGGAGAACGGUCAGCCCAACAAUGGUAUAUGGGUUAGCUCACAGGACUGUGCAGUGACUGGGCCUCAACUUGGGAAGAGAUGGAAUGAUAAGCCAUGCCAGAAUUCCCAUUACUGGAUUUGUGAGAAAAAUGUUCCUGAUUUUACAGACACACAUUAGCCUUUGCCAUCCACAUUCAGUCAAGUGAAGACUAUUAAAAACUAUUUAGUAACAUGUAAUAUUAGUACAAUCAGAAAUAUCAAUCAACCAAAUAGGUUGAUGCAAAAAUGUACAAACCUUUUCAUCUUAUCCACAGAUCCACUAAAAGAAAAACUAUUUUUGUACAUCGACAUUGUAA